GUCAGAAAGGCGAGGGGCGCCGGGAACUGGCGUGUGGGACUCCAGACAGGAGAGGCUGCGCCUUCCCCGCACCGGGACCUUCGCGACACACCAGAUCCUCGCCCCUGUCCCGCGCGAGAGCCCAGGAUGACCACCACCCUCGUGUCUGCCACCAUCUUCGACUUGAGCGAAGUUUUAUGCAAGGGUAACAAGAUGCUCAACUAUAGUGCUCCUAGUGCAGGGGGUUGCCUGCUGGACAGAAAGGCAGUGGGCACCCCUGCUGGUGGGGGCUUCCCUCGGAGGCACUCAGUCACCCUGCCCAGCUCCAAGUUCCACCAGAACCAGCUCCUCAGCAGCCUCAAGGGUGAGCCAGCCCCUGCUCUGAGCUCGCGAGACAGCCGCUUCCGAGACCGCUCCUUCUCGGAAGGGGGCGAGCGGCUGCUGCCCACCCAGAAGCAGCCCGGGGGCGGCCAGGUCAACUCCAGCCGCUACAAGACGGAGCUGUGCCGCCCCUUUGAGGAAAACGGUGCCUGUAAGUACGGGGACAAGUGCCAGUUCGCACACGGCAUCCACGAGCUCCGCAGCCUGACCCGCCACCCCAAGUACAAGACGGAGCUGUGCCGCACCUUCCACACCAUCGGCUUUUGCCCUUACGGGCCCCGCUGCCACUUCAUCCACAACGCCGAAGAGCGCCGUGCCCUGGCCGGGGCCCGGGACCUCUCCGCUGACCGUCCCCGCCUCCAGCAUAGCUUUAGCUUUGCUGGGUUUCCCAGUGCCGCUGCCACCGCCGCUGCCACCGGGCUGCUGGACAGCCCCACGUCCAUCACCCCACCCCCUAUUCUGAGCGCCGAUGACCUCCUGGGCUCACCUACCCUGCCCGAUGGCACCAAUAACCCUUUUGCCUUCUCUAGCCAGGAGCUGGCAAGCCUCUUUGCCCCUAGCAUGGGGCUGCCCGGGGGUGGCUCCCCGACCACCUUCCUCUUCCGGCCCAUGUCCGAGUCCCCUCACAUGUUUGACUCUCCCCCCAGCCCUCAGGAUUCUCUCUCGGACCAGGAGGGCUACCUGAGCAGCUCCAGCAGCAGCCACAGUGGCUCAGACUCCCCGACCUUGGACAACUCAAGACGCCUGCCCAUCUUCAGCAGACUUUCCAUCUCAGAUGACUAAGCCAGGGUAGGGAGGGACCUCCUGCCUACUCCAGCCCCUACCCUGCACCCACAUCCCAUACCCUCUUCUCCCUACCCAUCCAAUUCCCCACAGGCCCUACAUUAACAAGGUUAAGCUCAACCCCUUUCCCCCAGCACCUCAGAAUGUGCCCUCCCUCUCCCCCUCAUAACCCCACCUAACGUAAGGACAAGUCAAUUUGUCAGUAGCUUCUUCUGGCUUGAAACCCCCUCCCUGGAUUUUAUAGCCCACUUACCAUGCAUAACAGACAAGUCCCAUAUUUCGUCAGUAGAUGCCUUUUUUUUUUUCCGGCUUAAGCCUUAAGUGCCAAAUCACAAGAGAAAAAGCAGUAACAGUUUACAGAAGCAACUUAGUGCCUUGUAAUCUAACUUUGUCACUGUGACUACAUUACCUCUUCAGCGCCAGAGGGCACCCGUGGGCCUCCCGGAGCCUCUGCCCAUGGGGGGGUGGAGACCCGGAACCAGCAGCCCCCUCCACUGGCGACACAACUGCACCUUCCCUCAUUUCAGUCUCCCUCACACUUAUUCCUCCUCCCCUCUUCCCGGCGGCACCUCUCCACGUGUACCCCCCUGCCCCUUGGAAGAGUUGUUGCCAGACCAGGGUUUUGGGGGAAACCUGUCUUGACAUUCAAAACCUUUUUCUUCCCGAUCUGAACCCCUGUUGACUAAUCUUGCCUGGGUUUGUGUAGGUCUGCAGGAAGGAAGGCUGAAAAAGCGGACGAAGAUUUUGACUUAAGUGGGACUUUGUGAUUUAAUUUUUUCUUUUUUUUUUUUAAGUGGGGAGGAAGGGGAAGCUAGAUGGACUAGGAGAGACUUGAUUUUGGUGCUAAAGUUCCCCAGUUCAUAUGUGACAUCUUUUUAAAAAAAAUAACAACAAAAAAAAAAAUGAGAGAAAAGCUAAAAAAAAAAAAAAAAUGUAAGGGGUGAGCAGUUAAUGGUAUUCAUUCCACAUACAAUAUCUGUGUAAAACGAUUUCCUGUAGAAGUAGCUUUAAUGGUUUUUGCUCUAGAAUACCGUAGGUCUAUCCUUAGAGCACUCACGCCAUGCUUUCUUCCCUGGGUUUUAAACUUCAUAUAACUUUCAGAAAUUGGAGAGCAAAAAUUUUGCUUGUCACUGCACAUCAAUAUAAAAAAGCUUAUUUAACUUAUCAAAACGUAUUUAUUGCCAAACUAUGCUUUUUUUUGUUAAUUUUGUUCAUAUUUAUCGGGAUGACAAAUCCAUAGAAUAUAUUCUUUUAUGUUAAAUUAUGAUCUUCAUAUUAAUCUUAAAAUUUUGUGACGUGUCUUUUUCCUUUUUUUCCACAGUUUUAAUAUAUUAUUCUUCAACGACAUUUUUUGUAACUUUACACUUUUUUGGUUAUUUUAUUUUAAAAAAAUGAAAAAUUAAUUUAAAAAAAUGCAAAAAACUGUUGGAUUAUUUAUUUUAGAAAUUCCCCCCUUUGUGUUGGACUGCAAAUUGAGUUUCUUUCUCUUUAGGCCUUUCACAACUAGGACUGAGAAUGUAUGUAAAAGUUCUGUGACAGUACAGAAGGAAAACAACUUUUUAUGUAUAGCUUCUAAAAGGGAAAAAAAAAAAAAGAGAAACCCUUUGACUUCCACGUGCCCAUCUCAAGACAUUCCACUCACAGAUUUGAGGUUCUGGAUUCCAGGUCUGGAGUUUUCCAAUGUUAAUGUAAACAGAACUGGCACACACACAUUAAGAUGAAUGUAAUUAUUAUUCCUCUUGCUGGUCACUACCGUCGCUUUCUAUUUCUCUUUCUUUGUGUGAAUUUAUUUAAAAGAAAAAAAAACUUUUUGUAACGACUAUUUGCAGUUUAAAAAUCAAUAAACCCCGUUUUUUCAAGAAA